AUGUCGCGUUCUAGACAUGUGAAGGACAUUGAUAAGAACACAAGGUACUUCCACAACUUAGCUUCUGCGAGAAGGAGAAACAACAGAAUUGAUGUGCUACUCAUUAAUGGUAGGUUGAUAAGGAACCAAGCGAGGAUUAAGAUUGAGAUUAGAGACUUCUACAAGAAGUUGUAUCAUCAGGAAAAGUCUCCUUUGGUGGGGUUUAGGGACGGUUUGGUGGAAAUGAUUGGUGGCAUUGGAGGUGCAACCGACUCCAGAGGAGCGGUGGUGUUGGAUUUCUUCCUGUCUUCUAAGCUACCGGCGGAUGCGAAUCUCACUUGGGUGGCGUUGGUCCCUAAGUUUAAGGGGACAAAGGAAAUCAAAUAUUUGAGACCGAUCAGUAUAGUAGGCUGUGUCUAUAAAGUCAUUUCGAAAAUGCUGAUUAAAAUGAGGAAGAAGGAAGCGGUGAUAAUGAAAUUGAAUUUCCAGAAAGCAUAUGAUAGAGUCAAGUGGAGUUUUGUAGACCUUGUAUUGCAAAAGAUGGGCUUUGGACGGAGAUGGAGGAAUUUGGUUAUGGAGUGUGUAAGUACAAGUUCAAUGUCAGUGCUGAUAAACGGAUCGUCAUCUAAGCCUUUUAAGAUGGAAAGGGGUUUGCGACAGGGUGAUCCUCGAUCUCCAUUUCUAUUUGUACUUGUCGUUGACGUGCUACAUAGGAUGCUUGGGGAAGCAGUGAGAAAUGGGCAUAUCUCGCUGCUACUGUGGGUGCAGCGUAUGUCUAGAGUGCUGGGUUGUAAGAUUGCCUCUUUGCCGGUGAAAUACUUGGGGAUCCCGCUAGGAGCAAACCCGAGCCUCCCUGUUUAUUAUUUGAACUUGUAUAAAAUGCCAAAGGCUAUGGCAAAGAAACUGAUUUUCCUACAGAGAAGGUUUCUUUGGAGCAAGGAGGAUGGAAGAAAUGGUGUUACUUUCUCAGGGGGACCAUGGAGGGAUAUCUGCCAAAUACAGUUCAAAGAUCAACAAGUAAGACAGAAGAUGAUUAAUGGGUUGGCUAUGGAGAUUGGUGAUGGGAGAGGAACUCGGUUCUGGGAGGAUGUAUGGUUGCGUAGUGGGUCCCUGAAAGACUUAUUUUCGAGGCUGUUCUCAGUUUCAAACCAAACAGGAUCUGUUAUAAGGGAUUGUGGGUUCUGGGACGGAGAGGAUAGAGUUGUGUGA